CUCUGAUUUCGUCUUUCUUCAAACUUAUGAACUUCUGGCUAUCAGAAGCUUUCAAGAAGGUUGGAUUGGUGUGAAGCUGUAAGUUUCAGUCCUGUCACCUCGGAGAAAGAAUACCGACACAGUCCAAAGCAGUUCCGUUUUCACGCAACAAAUAAAACAGCUUUCCAUCCACAGCGAUGAAGUCAUGGUCUUCUUCGACGUGAAGUCCCUGUUCACCUCCAUACCUGUGGACUUAGCCCUCACGAUAACCAAGGAGAGACUACAACGAGACCAGAAUCUAGCAGAACGUACCAAUCUUUCUGUUGACAACAUUUUGAGACUUUCAGAAAUUGUCCUCAACCACAAUUAUUUUAAAUAUGAUGGCGACCACUACAAACAGAUUUUUGGAUGCGCCAUGUGUUCUCCCAUUAGUCCUGUUUUAGCCGACCUGGUUAUGGAAGAAAUUAACGAAACCGUCACCGUUUCUUCCCUCCGCCUCUAUGCAGACGAUACAACUCAAUAUACGGCCAAUGAUAGCCCAAUUGUUCUUCAACACAUAUUAAACCAAGACAUGGGAAGACUAUCUUCCUGGUUUGUCUCUAACUAUCUACAGGUCAACGAGGACAAGACCCAAGCGAUGAUCCUUGGAAACUCAUCCUAUCGAUUUGACCUGGAGUUUGCCGGCACUCCCGUCGAUAUUAAAGACCACCUGAAGAUUUUUUGUUACGUGAUAUAUUUCUUCUUUUCUUCAGCAACUGGUCUUCUUCGACGUGAAGUUGACUAAGCAGCCCAAGCAACCCUAAGCAGCCCGACUAGUUGA